AUGGCAGAAGCGAGGAACACUGCUGGAGCCUCACGCGUGCAGCGCAAGAGAGAUUUGCAGAUGAAGGCGGUCAUGACAGCUGAGGUGCCGACUCUCCUCGGUGGGCAGCAGAUGCCGAUGGAGGCUGUGACGGGACACAUCCAAAAGCCCACCACCGCUACGCUAGCCUGGCGCUCAGGUCUUGAGAUCCUAACACCCGAAGGAUCUACACGGGUGACACCCAUGGCUAACCUCGUUCUACAGAAGCCCGUUGUCCGUCAGCAUGACAUGAAGCAAGCCUUGAAGCAGCAGAUCCUGGACAUCCCCAACAUCGACAAGAUUGUGGAGGAGCAGGAUACUCCCGAGGAGACUAACGUUUACAAGCAGAAGGCGGCAGAGAUGAAGCUUGAAAGAGCCAGGUCGAAAUGCCCUCGCCACCAGGAGCAGAAUUGUGAUGAGAUCACGCCGGAGGCACUGGCCUUGGGGUUAGUGACUGAGGAUGUGAGGGUUGAUCUAAAGGUUCCGCUCAGCAAUCUAUACAAAACGACAUAA